CAGGGAGUGGAUUGGAAAUGCAGCGAGAUACUUGCAAACAGAGCACCCAGGACAGCAGCCCUACUCUUUCCCACUGCCAUGGAAAUACACUGAUACAAUAGACACUGGGGGGAACACGGAGAGCAGCCCAUCCUUGGCCACUUUCGGGUUUCCUGGCGUUUGGGAUUAUAUUCUGACCUGAUUCCUGUGAUGGAGGACACCGGCGUUCAAAGGGGUAUAUGGGAUGGAGACGCCAAGGCAGUCCAGCAAUGUUUGACGGAUAUUUUCACCAGUGUUUACACCACCUGCGAUAUCCCGGAAAAUGCGAUCUUCGGCCCUUGUGUAUUGAGCCACACUUCUUUGUAUGACAGCAUCGCUUUCAUAGCGCUUAAAUCCACUGACAAGAGAACCGUCCCUUAUAUAUUCCGGGUGGACACUUCCGCAGCAAAUGGCUCCUCCGAAGGGCUAAUGUGGCUCCGUCUGGUCCAGUCAGCCAGAGAUAAAGAAGAACAGAACCUUGAAGCUUACAUCAAAAAUGGACAAUUGUUUUAUCGGUCCCUUCGCAGGAUUGCCAAAGACGAGGAGUUAUUAGUUUGGUAUGGGAAAGAACUGACGGAAUUACUGUUGCUCACCACCGCCAGAUCCCACAGCAAGAUGAACGGGUCGCCCCCGUACGCUUGCCUGGAGUGCAGCCAGCGUUUCCAGUUCGAGUUCCCCUACGCGGCCCACCUGCGGUUCCGCUGCCCCAAGAGACUGCCCAGCUCGGAGCCCAGCCCCGCCGAGGAGCCGCGCGGCAAGGACAGCGGCAAGGAGCCGGCGGCCAGCCUGGGGCCCGGGCCCAACAAGUACUGCAAGCCCGGCGGGCCGCUCCACCCGCACUACCCCAGCCCGGCCCAGGACAGCAGCAACGCCAAACCCUCCACGGACUUCCACAACCUGGCCCGCGAGCUGGAGAACUCCCGGGCCGGCGGCAGCUCCCCCAGCCGCAGCCCGCACCCCCCGGCCGGCGCGGGCAGCAAAGCCAAGCGGAAAUACCCGGAGGGGCCGGGCGAGGAGCGGGGCCAGGGGGCCGGCAGGGGGCGCCGGCCCUCCUCCCCCAAGGAGGACCUGGUGUGCACCCCGCAGCAGCAGUACCGGCCGGCGGGCAGCUACUUCGGCCUGGAGGAGAGCGGCCGCCUCUUCGGGCCGCCCAGCCCGGAGACGGGCGAGGCCAAGCGCAGCGCCUUCGUGGAGGUGAAGAAAGCCUCGCGCGGGCUGGAGGCCGAGGCGGCGGCGGCGGAGGAGGCGGCGGAGCAGCAGCAGCGCGCCUCGCCCGCGGGCGCCGGGGACCCGCUGCUGGGCGCCCGGCCGGGCGGGCCGCUCUCCGGGGGCAGCCCGGCGCGGGGCAGCGCCUUCACCACGGUGCCGCAGCUGGGCGGCAAGGCGGAGGAGCGGAAAAGCGCCUUCUCCCAGCCCGCCCGCUCCGCCUUCCCGCCGCACGUGGCGCCGCUGGGGCUGGCCCCGAAGCUGGGCAGCCUGGGCGAGCCCUGCCCGGAGGCCGCCGCCCGCCUCUACCCGCCGGCCGCCAAGCUGCCCGGCGGCGCCGAGCCGCCCAAGCAGAGCCCCUUCCUCUACGCCACCGCCUUCUGGCCCAAGAGCUCGGUGGCGGCGGCGGCGGCCGGGCCGCUCCAGCUGCCGCUGCCCUCGGCCCUGACCCUGCUGCCGCCCUCCUUCACCUCGCUGUGCCUGCCGGCCCAGAACUGGUGCGCCAAGUGCAACGCCUCCUUCCGCAUGACUUCCGACCUGGUGUACCACAUGCGCUCGCACCACAAGAAGGAGUACGCCAUGGAGCCGCUGGUCAAGCGCCGCCGCGAGGAGAAGCUCAAGUGCCCCAUCUGCAACGAGUCCUUCCGCGAGCGCCACCACCUCUCCCGGCACAUGACCUCCCACAACUGAAUGGGGAAGUGGUGGGGGGGGGGCUCCCCCGUGUAUAGUGACAGAGCCACACACACCCUCCCAGCAGCCAAACGGCCCCCCCUGGCCCGCCUCUGCCCAUCGCUGGGGGCCUUCUCCGGGGCAGUCACAGCAGGGGGGGAUGUGAUCCCCGCGGGCCUACCUUUUCCAAGCUGAUUUGGGGUGUUUCAGAGACAAGGUGGGUGAGGUGCUAUCUUUGAUCUGCUGGGGAGAGAGAGGAGCUUUCCUAGGGUGACCAGAUAGAAAGUGUGAAAAAUCGAGACUGGGUGGGGGGAAAUAGGUUCCUAUACAAGAAGCAG